AUUGUGGGUGCGGGAUUGCAAAGCUAACAGGUGGUUGUGUUGUGAUGACCUGAAGCCGAUAUCUCUGUGGCAAACUCGGCCUCCAAAGAUUCCCCCUCGCGAAAUACACAUGGUGCUAUGGGAGAAACAGGGUUUAACGAUGAUAGAAUCACCCGCCGAUCCAACUACCGACACCCGUCAUUCACAUUUGCAACAAUUUGAGAAUGAAGAAGCAAUUUUAUUAGGUGAAGAAAUCCCAGCUGAGUUGUUCAGUCAAGAGCAACCGAUGGAAACAAUCGUAGUUGAAGAUACAGAAGAUCCAACCUCAUCCUCACAAGAUGAUGGACCCAAAUAUGAUGCCACAAAAUCCACAGAAUCAAAAGCUCAAAAAUCACCGUUAAAAACAGAACAAAAGUUUCUUAAACCUAAACUUAAUACACCAGAAGAUAUCUGUGAUAACAUUGAACGUGGUGCAGUUUUAAAUGAAAAAAUUGAAGAUAAAACAGAACCUCGAUCAUCAUCCUUGUUUGAAGAUUCUAUUUUUUCGAUCAGUUCUAAUAUGAGUUUAGACGAUGUAAACAGUGUUCAUUCUUCUUCUAUUCAAUCUGAGAGUUUGGAAGAACCUUUUGAGAGUUUGGAAGAAUCUCCUGACAGUGUGGACGAACCUUCCGAGGAUAUGGAAGAAAUUUUUGAGAGUAAUGUGACAGAAGAUAUCUGUGAUAACAUCGAACAUAGUGUAGUUUUAAAUGAAAAAAAUGAAGAUAUGAAAGAAACAAGAGCAUCUCCCUUCCCGUUGUUUGAGCAUUCUCUUUUUUCAAUCAGUUCUGCUAUAGGUUCAGAAGAUGUAAACAGUGUUCAUUCUUCUUCUAUUCAAUCUGAGAAUAUAGAAGAAUAUGAUGAGAGUAUGAAAGAACCUUCUGAGAUUGUGGAAGAACCCUAUAAAGGUGUAGAAGAACCCAAGAGUAUGGAAGAACCUUCUAAAAGUCAGAAAGAACUUUCUGAGACUGUGGAAGAACCUUCUGUUAGUACGAGAGAAUUUACUGAGUGUGUGGAAGAACCUCCAGAGAGUAUGGAUGAACCUUCUAAAAGUAUGAAAGAAAUUUUUAAGAGCAAUGUGACAGAUAUCCCAAAUAACAUUGAGUGUGGUGCAGUUUUAAAUGAGAAAAUUGAAAACGAAACGGAACCUGGAUCAUCUUCCUUGUUUGAAGAUUCUAUUUUUUCAAUCAGUUCUAAUAUGAGUUCAGACGAUGUAAACAGUGUUCAUUCUUCUUCUAUUCAAUCUGAGAAUAUGGAAGAAUAUGAUGAGAAUGGGGAAGAACCUAAGAGUGAGGAGGAACCUUUUCAUAGUCAAGAAGGAGAACUGUCCGAGAGUGUAGAAGAACCUUUUGGGAGUAAGGAAGAAUUUUCUGAGAAUGUGCAACAACCUGCUGAGAUUGUAAGAGAAUCUAAGAGUAUGAAGGAACCUUCUGAAAGUCUGGAAAACCUAUUCAAGAGGGUAAAAAAAACUCAUGGAAUUACGGAAAAAUUUACUGAGUGUGUGGAAGAACCCAAAAAAACUGUGAAACGACUUUCUGAGAGUGUGGAAGAACCUUUUAAGAGUAUCAAAGAAAUUAUUGAAAGUAAUGCGACAGAAGAUAUCUGUGAUAACAUCGAACAUAGCAUAGUUUUAAAUGAGAAAAAUAAAGGUAUAAUGGAAACCAGAGCAUCUCCCUUACCAAUGUUUGAGCAUUCUAUUUUUUCGAUCAGUUCUACUAUGAGUUCAGAAGAUGCAAACAGUGUUCAUUCUUUUUCUAUUAAAUCUGAGAGUAUGGAAGAAUAUGGUGAGAGUAUGAAACCACCUGAGAUCGUGGAAGAACCUUAUAAAAGUGUAGAAGAACCUUCUGAAAUUGUGGACAAACCUAAGAUUAUGAAGGAACCUUCUAAAAGUGUGGAGGAAUUUAGUGACAGCAUGGAAAAGCUUCCUAUAAAUGUGGAAGAACCUGCUGGGAGUGUGGAAGAAUCGCAUGAGAGUGAGAAGGCAACUCAUGAGCGUCCGGAAGCAACUCCCGAGUGUCUAGAAGAAUGUAGUGAGAGUGAGGAAGACUAUAUUGACAGUAAAGAACAACCUUCUAAAAUUGUGGAACAACUUCUGGGAAGUGUAGAAAAAAUUCCUGAGAGUAUGAAAACAUCUUUUAAGAGUACGGAAGAGUCUACUGAGUGUGUGGAACUACCUUCUAAGAAUAUGAAAGAAACUUUCGAGAGUGAGGAAGAACCUCAUGAGCCCAUGGAAGAACUUCCUAAGGUAGAAGAACCUCCGAAGCAUUUCGAAGAACUUGCUGGACUGGUCAAAAAAACUUUUGAAAGCCAAAAAGAACCUCUUGGAAAUGUGAAAGAACCUGUCGAGAUUUUAAAACAACCUUCUGAGACCCUGAAAGAACCUCUUACCUCUUUCAUUCCAACAAAAGUUGAUCCGGAUCAAGAUGUAAGUCUGGAUGUUAUGAAAGAAGACAAUGAGAUUAAAAUGUUUUCUUUGUCGGAUCAACUGACUAUGAGUUCAGAUGAAAAUGAUAAAGAGAGGCAAGAGGAAAUUCUUCCACUUCCUCAAGAUCUUGCUGGUGAAGAUGUUGUUCUUCCAGGCUUGGAUGUUUCUAAGGAAAAGAAGAGAGUAGUGAUUGCUUCUGUAGUAGUUUCUCGUGAUAGUCUGGCUUCUUCAGAUGAACAAGUUCUUUCCAAAGAUAAAAAUGAAAAUAAACCUAGUGAUUCUAAAGUUGAUCUACAAGAUACUUCAUCAGAUGAAGAUAUGACAUGCACAUGUUCUGAGGGCCAGUUAUCAAAUGUCACCCUAAUAAAUAUGAAGAAACAAGAAGGUAAAUGUCCUAAUGCAAAAUACCAUGUUAAAAAGGCUGAAGAUUGUUCUCAAAUACCAACCAUAGAGCAGUUAACCAGUCUAACUGUGGCACAUGAGGCCUUUCUUAGGGCAUCAAAACUUGGUAUACCUGUGCCUAAUGUUUCAAUGUCACCUGAAAACUCGCCUCCUCCACAAUGCAAAAUACAUUCGAUGGAAAUAGGUAAUGUUAUCUCUCCACCAGACCUUACUAUCAAAUCUGAAUCAGUUAAAAAGAAAGAUAAAAGUGGAAUAAGGAAUAUUAAUUACAAGGCUUUGAAAGAAAUGCAAGAUAUUGUUCUACCAGUUUCUUCCGCAAGUGACAGUGAUUACUCGUAUGAGUUGCAGAAACUGGCUCAAACUACUAGUUCCAACCCACCAAAAAGACAAUCGCCAUUUUUCUCAAACAAAUUACCGCCUCCAAAUCCACAAACACUGCCCGCAAGAAUCGUCAUGUUACCUGUAGAUGUUUGUUCACAAUCGCAGCCUGUAACAGAAGGAGUAAGAACAGAACCACCACCAGUUUUACUCUCUUCAGCAUCUCGUAAUGGACUUAUUGAGAAGCCAAUGAAGCAUUAUAACUCUGUGGACUUUCUCAAACUGAAAAGUGGUUUUGCUCCGAGUAAUAGCAACCUUUUAAGUAGUUCAAGAACACAUUUUGAAUCCUACAAACCAAAGCGAUCAUUUAAACUAGCGGGUUACAAAAAGGCAGAUCUUAAAAGAAGAAAAUCAGAAAUCAUGCACAAGCCAUACCAGAAUAUCAGAUCAAAGGAAAAUACCAAACCUACUAGAAAUCAAACUCCUCUACCUACACCAUCUGUGUUAGAAACUGUGGACAAGACAUCAGAGCAUUCUGAUAUCUCUGAUUUACUGGGCGAUGUUGAUAGUUACAGUCAUUCAAGUGGGGCAACAUCAAACUCUAAUGGCUCAGAGACCCGUGCCCCCUGGACCUCAUCCUCUUGUACCAGCAGUCAAUAUCCAACACCUACAGGCAGUCUCUCCGGCAGUAGCACACCUCGUAAUUGUAGCCCUGCACCAUUUGUGCGGUAUUCUGGUAUUAAGAGUUCCAAACCAGAUGGUUUGGAUGAUUUAAUUCACGAUUUAGAACUUGAUUCACCGGAUUCUGUAAAUAAUAUCGACGCUGAUACUUUUUCAUUAAACUCAGUUGGUGAUGGUGCUAAUAAUGAACAAUUUGAUAUUCUUUCAUUUCUCGAAAUGUAACUUUCUAUAUUGUGAUCCAUAAAGUUCCGUUGUUUUUUAAAAACAAUUUUUUCAUUAUGUGUCUAAAAAACAAAUAACUUUUUUCAUUAUGUGUUUAAAAGUGAGCCAUGCUUUUGACAAUACCUAUGAUCACUGCAUUUAAAUAAAAUGUCGUUUUUUACUGUUCUUAUAAAGAAGGCUGUUGAGGUUUGAACUAAGUAACUAGGGUAGCACAAAAAUGAUAACUUUAAUUAGGUGUACGGGUUUACACGAUCUGCCAUCAACGAUUUUACUUUGAUGCAAUAAAUUAACCUGGUUAACAU